AUGUUGAUACCUACCUAUCCAAUCCACAGAAUAUCCCACAGAACAUCUCACAGAAUAUUUGACAAAAGUAACCACAUACCACAUCCACAAUGCCUUCAGCUAUCCCACAGAACGGAUCUGCCCUCCACGAGGAGCCAAAGCCGUACGCCAUCUUUAUGUUCCUCUCAAGUUUUUGGCCUCCAAACUCACACACCACACAGAUGGGAUCCAGAUCACCUCCGGACUCGCUUCGUGCAGGCCCUCUCAGAGAUGUACAGAACCGAAGUACCCCUCUACGGCAAGCUCGUAGAUGUCGUCAACCAAGUCGAUACCACCACCCUCCAGUCCCGCGGCCAAAGCCUCAACGACCUCCCCUCCCGCUUCCAGCUUGAGCGCCAUGGCGCCAUCAGACUGGGCACCCAGCAAGAAAUGCGCAUGAUCAGCCGCCUCUUCGCCGUCAUGGGAAUGUUCCCCGUCGGCUACUACGACCUCAAAAUGGUCGGUUUUCCCCUCCACGGCACGGCUUUCCGGCCCCAGACCGAAGAAUCCCUCCGAAAGAACCCCUUCCGAGUCUUCACCACCGUCCUCCGACCAGACCUCAUCUCCUCCCCGGAAGUCCGGGAGAUGGCCACCUCCAUCCUCUCCACCAGACAGCUCUUCUCCUCCAGGCUUAUCGAGCUGAUCGACCAAGCGGAGACCUCUGCUCUAGCCAACCUCACGGCCGAAGACGCCAACAACCUGAUUACCGAAUCUCUCAAGAUCUUCAAAUGGCACUCCCGAUCCUCUGUUCCCCUGGAGACGUACCUCACCCUGAAAAAGGAGCACCCAAUGGUGGCCGACAUUGUCUGCUUUCCCUCAGCACACAUCAACCACCUCACCCCGCGCACCCUGGACAUCGAUGCCGUCCAAGCAGGGAUGAUUUCCCAGGGCCUCCCAGCAAAAGACCGCAUCGAGGGACCUCCCAAGAGGAAGUGCGAGAUCCUCCUUCGACAAACCAGCUUCAAGGCUUUGGAAGAAAGAGUCACUUUUGCUGGUGACGCCGACCACGCCGUUGACGGGACGCACACCGCCCGGUUUGGAGAGGUGGAACAGCGCGGUGCUGCUGUGACCAGAAAAGGCAGGGAGCUCUACGAUGCUUUGCUCGCCAAGGCUGUUGGUCGGAGUGAAAAGGAAGACAAGGACUCUGACAAGGUGCUGAAGGAGGUGUUUGCCGAGUACCCUGAUGACUGGGAGGUUCUUAGGAAGGAAGGGUUGGUGUAUUUCCGCUAUCGGGUUGCUGAGGACAAGGCACCCGUUGCUGGCGCUCGUAAGCUGGAGGGGUCAGUGCACAUGGAUAGACUUCUAAAAGAGGGGGUUGUGACCUGCGAGCCGAUCACAUAUGAGGAUUUCCUGCCAUUCUCGGCGGCGGGUAUUUUCACUUCCAACCUUGGCGGGGAGAAGGACGGUGGCACUGAGAGGAAGCUCCAAAAGACAGAAGAGGAGAGCAAGAGGAGCCGUGUGCAGCUUGAGGGGUUGCUGGGGCGCAAGAUUCCAAGUGAGAUUGACCUGUAUGAUGAGCUGCAAACUGACAGUGUGAAGGAGUGUCAGGCUCUUCUUGGGUUGAGCGAGAUCGUGCUUGGGGCUUGA